GCACAGAUCAAGAGCGAAAAAGACUGUUUGUAUACAGGUCUACCGGAGUUGCUCGCAAAAUGGCAGAAUCCGCGAGAGGCCGAUCCUAUGACGCGAGUUCAGGAAGAAGUAGAAGAGACGAAAAUUGUUAUGCAUAAUACUAUACAAUCGGUGCUCGAACGAGCAAUACCAGCUGAUUUAUAG